AUGCAGGGACAGAUGAGCCUCCACCGUGGACCUGUGGAGUGCACAGUGGGCACACAGGGUGCACUGUGGAGUCGAGGCACCCUGCUGGUCCAAGAGCCUCGGACCCACUUAGCGCUGGCCAGGCAGGCGUCCUGCUGCGCACACACCCUCCUCUUGGCCUGCCCCUGCUCUGCCGGGGACACCGCUGAGGGGCCCUUUCUGGGCCAACCGGGGCUGGUCUGGGUCCACCCGAGGCAGUGUCUCUGUGUGGUAGACGAGGCCCCGCCUCUGUGUCCCGGUCUGUGUGUCUUGUGGGCGUCCCCCUGACUCUCUGUCCCCUGUCCCUGUGUCCUUGUGCGUAUGUCUAACCCUCGACUCAGUUCCCGUGUGGAUCUGCGUCCCUGUGUCCGUGUGUGGGAGCUGCUCUCUCUGUCGCUCAUCCCGCAGUGUGCGCUCAAAGGACAUCCAGUGCGGGGGCGGGGGGGGGGGCGGCGACCCCCCCUUCCCUGCGGCCCCUCACCCCGCCCUCAGGGCCCCUCCUCCUCGGGAGCGGCAGGCUCCGCCCCAUCCCCCAGCUCCGCGCCAGGCUGCGGCGUCUGGUCUGGCAUCUGCUGGGAAGCAGCUCCCGCCGCAGCCCGGUGCAGCCCCGCAGCCCCGCGCGGACCUGCGGCUGGUCGGGCAGUGGCAUCCCAGACCCGCACCGGCGGGGCUGAGGGUUAGAGCCGCCACAGCCUCGGCUCCCACGGAGGUUGCUAAGCCACUGUGGGUGGACACGUGUGUCGGUGUGUGACUGUGUGACUACACACGCAAGUCCCAUGCAGGAGACUGUCGGCCACGCGAGAGCGCCUCCUCAUCUGCACACACGCGUCUAGACACAUCCCUGUCUGUGCACACAGGCACAAGGUGGCUUUGCACACAGGGAGGCAGAAUGGAGUCCCUCUUCCCUGCUCCCUUCUGGGAGGUCCUCUACAGUGGCCACCUGCAGGGCAACCUGUCCCUCCUGAGCCCCAACCACAGCCUGCUGCCCCCCCACCUUCUGCUCAACACCAGCCACGCCGCAUUCCUGCCCCUUGGGCUCAAGGUCACCAUUGUGGGGCUUUACCUGGCUGUCUGCAUUGGGGGACUCCUGGGGAACUGCCUCGUCAUGUAUGUCAUCCUCAGACACACCAAGAUGAAGACGGCCACCAACAUCUACAUCUUUAACCUGGCCCUGGCAGACACUUUGGUGCUGCUGACACUGCCCUUCCAGGGCACGGAUGUCCUCCUGGGCUUCUGGCCAUUUGGAAAUGCCCUGUGCAAGACAGUCAUUGCCAUCGACUAUUACAACAUGUUCACCAGCACCUUCACCUUGACCGCCAUGAGUGUGGACCGCUAUGUGGCCAUCUGCCACCCCAUCCGAGCUCUCGAUGUCCGGACGUCCAGCAAGGCUCAGGCUGUCAACGUGGCCAUCUGGGCUCUGGCGUCCGUGGUCGGUGUUCCUGUUGCCAUCAUGGGCUCGGCGCAGGUCGAGGAUGAAGAGGUCGAGUGUCUGGUGGAGAUCCCCGCCCCACAGGACUACUGGGGCCCCGUGUUUGCCGUCUGCAUCUUCCUCUUCUCCUUCAUCAUCCCCGUGCUUGUCAUCUCCGUCUGCUACAGCCUCAUGAUCCGGCGGCUGCGUGGCGUGCGCCUGCUGUCCGGCUCCCGCGAGAAAGACCGGAACCUGCGGCGCAUCACGCGGCUGGUGCUGGUGGUGGUGGCCGUGUUUGUGGGCUGCUGGACGCCUGUGCAGGUCUUCGUGCUGGCACAAGGCCUGGGGGUGCAGCCGGGCAGCGAGGCUGCCGUGGCUGUCCUGCGCUUCUGCACGGCGCUCGGCUACGUCAACAGCUGCCUCAACCCCAUCCUCUACGCCUUCUUGGAUGAGAAUUUCAAGGCCUGCUUCCGAAAGUUCUGCUGUGCCCCGGCCCUGCGCCGGGAGACGCAGGUGUCCGACCGUGUGCGCAGCAUUGCCAAGGACGUGGCCCUUGCCUGCAAGACUUCUGAGACAGUACCACGGCCUGCAUGACUAGGCGUGGACCUGCCCAUGGUGCCCGUCAGCCCGCAGAGCCCAUCAACACCCAACACGGAGCUCACCCAGGUCACUGCUCUUUAGGCUGACCCUGAACCUGGUUCCUGGGCAUUGCCGGACUUGCAGACUUCUGCGUGGCCUCAGAGGGCCUGGUGACAUCAUGGAACAGGUCAUAUGGUAGCCGCCCUCCUAGUAAGUAGCAGAGAGGCGACACCUGCCAUGAGUGUGCCCGGCCAGAGCCCCUGCCAACACCAUAACCCUGAUGGGACUCUGCUGGCCUCUCCCCCACGGCGCCCUGCGGGCUCUGGGUAUGGGCCACCUGCUGCCUGUGCCAUGUGCUCUCUGCGGGGGGCCCUGCAACCCCUCCUUGGGGUUUGGAGCUGCCGAUGCGGACUUGCCUGGGCCUCAAGUGUCAUUACUUCCCCGUCCCCCACGCCCGCCUCUGAGAGGCUUCUGAGGGGCUUUUUGCUCCUGAAGCACAAAGAACCGUCAACCACAUAUGUGGCUGUCCAGGGGUGUGGCCUGAAGGGACAGCGGGCUGCUCGGUCACCUUAGGCCACUUUUUCAUUCUGGAAACAGCCCCGGAGCCCUGGUCUUGGCUGCACAGUGCUGGAGGGGAGGGGCGCCCUGCUGUGCUCUGUCCCUGGGUCCUCCGCGGCUCUCUUGAAAUCAGAGGUCAGCAGUUUUGCAGCCGACAGGCCCUGCACCCUGUUUGGACCCUUGUGGACCUGGAAGCGGAGUGGCCGUGGGGACGGACUCUGCUCUGCCUCUCUGGCGACUGGCCCGUGUCACUGACAAACCUCCAGGGCUCUUGGGGGCGGGGGGCGAGCUUCCCGCUGCCACUGUGAGAGGGGUCUGGAGCCGGAACACCGUGGCCGGGGAGGAGCUCCCUGCUGCGGGCCCCGGAGCAGGUGGGGAGCUGCCGUCUUCCUGCUCUGAGGUGGGGAGCUGCCAUCUGGCGAAUUUGCAGACACUCUUUCCUGUAGAUAAACUAUGGAAACCCAGCACCGGAAGAGACCAUCCUGCCUCCACCCGUGAGCGGAGCCGCUGACCUCAGCCAGGUGGUCUGGGCUCCUGCAGGGAACAGGAAGCACUGACUUUCGGCUGGCUUCUCCUGCUUCAGGGAGCCCCAGCUCUGGGGUUCGUUCCUGGGGGGGUGGAGCCGUCCAGCGGGGCGUGCUGGUGGGACUGUCGCUUCGCUAUUUAUGCAUGCGGCCUGUGCCGUUUCCCCCACACGGAACCAACCCGAAUCUUGUCUCCAGGGGUCAUUGGGGCCACCAUAAACCCCUUCCCACUGAGCAGGUGUUUCUGACUCCCGUGGGGUGGGCCUCUGGGGUAAAGAGUCCUCCACCUGCUCUGGGCUCCUCACUUGGCCGGGCUCUGUCUUCAUGGGAUGUUCCCCUUGGAGGCUGCCAGGCUGUGACCUCCAGAAGGUGUGGUUUCGUGAUGCACUGGAGGUCUGUUUCCUUUCCUUCAGCACAAAUAGCUCCUCCUUGAACAACCAGCUACAGCACCUACAUCCUGCCCCCGCGGCUAGAGGCUCCCUGCGGGUCGGGGUGGGGUGUGCUCUUCCCACGGGGCCCCACGUUUCUCUCACCCUACUGAGCCCCUGCCGACCGCUCCCUGCCCCAGCCCUCCCCCCUUCCUUGAGCAGACCCAGCAGAGUUUGGAAGAUGAACAGAACAGCCUCCAUUGGUGGCCCUGAGAUGGGGACAUGCCUCCGGCUCUGGUGUGGACCCAGUUUGGUCCAGGUUGACCCUUGGGGUGGGUGACCCUCUCAGAAAGAGGGACAUCAGAGGGAGUGCGAGGGCAAGCUCGGGGGGGGGGGGAGUGUUUGGCCCCUGCAGAGGGGCUGGUGUGCACUUUCACACCAACCUUAACGAUGGGCACUUGGCUGUUCAAACAGACACUUAGCAUCAUGGGGAAGUUUGGGAAUGAGGGGCCUACGGCAGCGGGUGCCUGAGGAGUGCUGGGGAGACGUGCGGUGGGGCGGGGGGGAGCGCGGGUGGUGGGGGUACCCUAACCUGCUCGCCCCGCCCCGCAGUGAGCAUCUGCAGGGAGAUGGGCCCUGAAGGGUCAGGUGCAUUGGGUGGAGUGAGGAGCCUGCCCCUGCCGCCCCCCCUCCACUCCCCUCCUGUUCCCACGGCUUCUCAGGCUCGGGCGCCCUGUUCUCUCACUCAUUUGUACCCGCUCACACCUCGGAUGGGCAUUGAGAGCCCCCGCUCCUCUCCUCAAGAAGCUUCCAGGGACGGGCAGUGCGGAGGCCGUAAUGAGGGCUGCUGCUGCAGAGGAAUGACCGCACUGCGGGGAGCAGGACUCAGAGCCUUCCAGGGAGAGAUGUGAGUGUGAGUGAUGGUUUAGCAAAUGUCCACAGGCCCUGUGCAUGGGCUGGGCUUGGGGACUUGCUCCUAAUGAACAGAAUGUGGCACGUGGCCUCCAGGACAGUCUUGAAUGGCAUCCAGGUCUCCUCUGGCCUCUCCCUGCCCACCUGCUCGCCCCCUGGGGCCAGCCGCCAGGGAGUGAGGUUGCCCCAGCAGCCCUGGGGGGAGUCUGGAUGCUGAGGACCUGAGGUCUCCUGCCGCAGGCCGUGCGCGGGGACCUCCUUGGAAGCAGCACCUGUGGCCCUCAUCCAGCCUUCAGGCGACCAGAGCCUCAGCCGCAGGCCUGACCCUAACCUCAGGAGAGGGUCUGAGCUAGAACCAUUCCAAAACUGCUCCCGAAUCCUUGGCCCAUGGGAGCUAUGAGACAAGGUUUCAAGCCGAUAGAUUCUGGGGAAGUUUGUUACACGGCCACGGAGCACGGUGUUGUCAGGAGGAGAAGGGGCGAGAGAGUGUUUGAAUUGUAUCAGGCUGAGAGGAGAGAGGUCAGAGGGAUGCGUGCGGGUCUGAGCUCCGAGGACACACGUGACUAGGGACACUGGAAUGUAGGACAGGUAGUGGCCAUGCACCUUGGGGUGACCUCAUGGGUGGUGAAUGGUGGGUGGAGUGUGGCAGGGGACGGACUGCUCCGAGCUCCCCGCCGUGAGGACGACAGCUGGUCUGGGCCCCGGGAGCUCUGGAAGGUAUUGAGAGGUGCCAGUGACCACAGGUAGCACGGCCUGAACCCCAGGCAUAGAACCAGCUGGGAGCCAUGGCGCCAAGGCUGGGGAUCCUGGCCAAGGCCUACUAGGGGACUUGUCCCCUCUUCCCAACUCCUGGAAGAAAAUGGUCUCUGAGUGGCCAGCCCCUCAGUGUCCCCUCCCUGCCCCUGGAGGCUCAGCGUGGAGCUCCUGCUGGAAGAAUCUAGGCCCCAGGCCACACCCAGGGAGAAAGGGGUCCAGAUGCCAGCCCAUCCACGUAAUAGAUGUCCUUUCUAGACUGUGGGUGUCCAGAGGUCCUAGCAGAAGGGCCCUGGGUCCUAGAGCAGGAUUUGAGGGGGCCACAGCAGGGGGAGGUCAAGAGAGGUCACAAGAGGGGCACAGGUUUCCUGGUGAAAUGCCAUCCAAGUUUCCAGCGAUGAGUGUGCAAUUCGUGGCCGCCUUUGCGGACUGAGUCUGUGGCUUUGCAGUAACAUGUGGCUUUCCUGUCCCAGGUGUUCCCACUUUGAUCAUCUGUUCGUACUGUCUGGGGAGGAGCCAGCCUGAGCGUCCCCUCGAAGAGAUCACAGUUUGGGUUUCUUUCCUCCAGAUCACGGCUGUCAAGGAGGGUGGGGAAGGGGCAUCCGGGGAGGUUGGUUGUCUGUCUGUGCUUCCGCCGGUGAGUAGAGUCGGGAUGUCUGUUGUGCCAAGAGCUUUGGCCGGGGUCAGAGUGGUGGGGUGGGGGCAGGACUUGUACCCCGCAGCCUCUCACCCAGGGGCUGUCCAGGUGGCCGACUUGGACAGGGACAGGCUCACAGUUGUCUCUGCAGGUGUGGUGGCUAACCUUCGUAGUCUUUCUCUCUCUGCUUGGAGAAGGCGAUGAUGGGAUGUGAGCAAGUGGGGCCUUCCUCCGAAGGGACAGCACUUGUCCUAAGAUAUCCCGGGGCGCUGGUGGGAGGGGUGCUCGGGCCGCUGGACACCAGCACGUGCUCUGGAAGGUGUUCCGGAAGCUCUCACCAGGAAGGGUAGAGGAGAGUGUUGGGAUGCGAGUCGGCACAGCUCCUCAGCUCCUGGGCUGGAGACCGGUGAUGGCACAGGAGACUCGGACGGCCAGGGACGGCUGAGGCAGGUGUGCGCUCAGGGUCACGAGGGAGGCCAGUUGGAAGGGCGUCCAGCAGAGCAGGCCCAUGGCCAGCACAGCCAGAACCAGGCCGGUCGUCUUCUGCUCGGCCUUGCCCAGAGCUUUGGUUGUGGAGUGAAGUUGCGGGGCCCACAGCCGAUGAGGCAGGUCCACACAGAGCACACAGAGGAUACCGCAAAGCCCAGGACCAGCAUGUGGAUGCAGCCUUGAACCAGGCUCUCUCAGGCUUUGGGGAGCUCAGCCUGCAGCUCGUGGCCUGCAGCUGGUUGCUGUGGACCACAGCAAGGGCACCAUGAUGGUGACCUCGACCCAGACACAGGCUGAUCUUUGUCCAGGAGGGUGUGCCGGGGCCCGGGGCGGGACCUCGUGGCGGCCAGCAUCCUGGGUGGUGGUCCACACUCACAGUAGCCAGGAAGUAGGUGCUGUAGAAGAGAAUCUGGACAGCCGGCACCCGUUUGCAGAGCGGCUCCCUGAAAGGCUGGGGCAGCAGUGGUGGCCCCAUGACGAGGGCGGGCAGCACCAGCACCAAGAGACUGACGGCAACAGCCAGGUUCAGGAUGGACACAUGGGUCACCGUCCUUCUGCUGGGCCCCCUCAGGAUCACGUGGAGAGAGCUGUGUCGCCUGUCAGCACAUGGUAGUGGAUCAGGGAGUACACGGCCGGCAGCAGCUCAGGAGGGUGGCGUUGGGCCUGGUGCCAUCGUCCUGAGUGUGGUUGGUGCCUGUUGUGGCCUGGAACGGGGAGCCUCUGCGUUCAGGGGGACCCAGGCCAGCAGCCUGCAUCCUGAGGUGCGACCCGGGGCCGGCUGGCAAUGCCUGGGAGUGGGGAGGCUGGGUAGGGGCCUCCUGGGGCUGGGUUCGGAGAGACAAAGAGACAUUUGGUCUUUGACUCUGAGCUUAGCACAGCAGCCCCUCAUGCUCUCCGGCAGAGGCCGUGGCCAUUUUGCCUUCCCCUGUCCUGCCCGCCACCCACAUGUAAUCUACAUGGGAUCAAGGCGGUGCCCAUGCAAACACACCUCCCAGGCUCACCGUUCCCCCCUCAAAUCCAGGGGUCCUGAAGCCAGAGCCCUCCCAGUCACAGCCCUGUGGGACCACUGCUCUUCGCCCCACUGACCUAUCUGAUGACAUGUGACCAGAAGUUGGUGACCCCGGUGGUUGUGUGCAGGAGGCCAGUGCCGGCUGGGGCAGUGGUGGUGGAGGGAGGUGACGCCCACUGAUGGGCUCUCGCCAGGGUCCCUGUCAGCUCUCUGCCGUCCGGGGAGCUUUUAGGACAUGCCUGGGCAGCAGCCUCAGUGCGGCUGGCUUCCCAGUGAGUCUCCAGCCUGGCGGCAGCUGGUACCAGCACAAAGGAGCCGUGAAGGAGGGAGGCGGACUCGCUGGUUGACUUGGAGCGCUGGGAAGCAGUGGGGGCAGGAGCUGUGGUAGUACCUAUCGUCAUCCCCAGGGUCCCCGUGGUGCUCAAGGGCCUGGGUGGAUUCUCCAGCCAGCGGCCCUGGGGUGUGUGUGUGUGUGUGCGCGUGUGUGCGUGUUCCUGUGCGUGCAUGUUCCUGUGUGCGUGUUCCUGUGUGUGUUCCUGUGUGUGCGUGUUCCUGUGUGUGUGUUCCUGUGUGUGUGCGCACGUGCAUGUUCCUGUGUGCGUGUUCCCGUGUGUGUUCCUGUGUGUGCGUGCGUGUUCCUGUGUGUGGGGGGGUGUGCAGUGCGGGGUCUCUGGAGUGCCCGGGCCUGUUGGCAGUCGGAAGGGGCCAUGUCUGCGUGCCCCACCGAGCACAUCUGUGCCUCCGUCUGUGGGUCUCUGUGGACUUGGGCACCCUUAUCUGUGUAAAAGUGUGUGCACCUGUGCGUGUGCAAGUGUGUUCGUAUGUGCAUGCGGUUUCUGGGGGAAGCUCUGUCCCUGUGUUUGGGGUCUCGGUAUAGGUCCCAGCUGCAUAGAGGGAUCUGAGGGUCUGGACGUCUUUGUGUGGAAGCAGAAUUUCUUGCUCACAGACAACCCAGCUCCUCUCUCUCUCAUUGUGUUUUUUUGGUCGAGAGAAGAACAUGUGCGUGGGCAGCAACCACACAGGCGGUGGAUGUCUGCGGAGAGACGUCUGCCUCUCGUCCACCUCCUGGUCCCUCCGUGAGCUGCCCGCUGCCACCAGCCACUCUCACAGUCUUGUUCACUGAUACCCAGACCCCGGGGUUGCUGCAGAUCUGGAAGUUUCCUCUGCAUGAUUCUGCGGAGACACGGCUGCCUGCGGCUGGCACAGGGUCUCCCACGCUCGCCCCUGCCUUCUCCCCUCACCAGCACCCCAGUCUCGUGUUCCCAGGGCCUGAGUCAGGAUAGGAGCCCAGGUAGUUGCCCCAGCACCCCGAGGCCACCAGGCCUGAGGCCGUGACCAGGGCACCAGCCUCCCAUGCUGUGGGCCUAGAGAGGGGCACAGCGGGGUGUGGGGGGCCUGCAAGCCUCAGCCAGGGCUCCCGCCGCCGCCCUAGGGCUGAGAGCCUGCACCCAACAGGGGACCCUUCAGGUUAGACCUGCUGCCUGUCCUGGAGGACCCCGGGCCUCCCCCGUGGGCCUUCACUCACCUUCCUGCGGGAAAUGUGGGCCUGGGUUUCUGGGGCGUGUAGGGCCCUGUGGCUAGAACUUCGGGGCAAUUUACUGUCCCCCACGAACACCCUCAGAUUUCACAGAUUAUUUUUACAAAAAGGUGUGUUUGUUUAUAUGAGAGAGACCCUGUGAGCAGGGUGGAGGCAGAGGGAGAGGGAGUUUUUUAAGCAGACUCCAUGCUGUGUGCGGAGCUGUGCCGGGCUUGAGCUCACGACCCUGAGGUCAUGACGCUGAGAUCAUGACCCGAGCUAAAACCAGGAGUGGACGCUGAACCGACUUUACCCCCUGAGGAACCCCGAUGUCACAGAUUUGAAUGAGGAGAUUCUCUUUGAGACAGGAGGGAGCCUGGUCCUUCCUGCUUCUCUGAACCCUGGGUACCCAGGGCGAGGGGCGCUCUGUGGCCUGGGUGCGCUCCGGGCUGAGAACCAGCAAGGCCAGGGCUGGAAGUCUGAGGACUAGGCUUGUGGGCGGCUCCUUCCUACAGUCUGGGGCUGGACUUCUUGAUUUGGGGAUUCUUGUGGGGGUGGGGCUAGGGUUAUUUCACGGCUCCCGAACACCAGACGCAGGACGGAGAGAGGGUUGGGACCUAGGGCGCGCACGGCCCUGUUCCCCUGGCUGUACAGCCAGUGCUGGGCUGUGCUGAGCGGCUGGCCACUCUGGGCUUGCUUGUGGGCCUUCCCUGGGAGGGGUGCGCCCUGGGGUCUCCGUUCCCUGAUCACCUUAGGAGGGGCCAGGGCUCUGUGUGCCCUCUGGCCAGCGUGGAGCCGAUCAGUGUCCUGUCUUGCCCUGAGCACCAGGACUGGGGUGGGGGUUCCUCCCAGCACGGUCUGCCCCUGAGGGCACCUGCGGCUUUGCCCCUUCGCAGCAAGACACCAAGCACCGCCCCAACUUUCUCUGGGCCAGGUAGUCUUUCUAAAGUCCUUGGGAGGGGGAAGAGCCCAGGGUCAGAAGGAGAAGAACCCUCACGGGGCUCCCUCCGAGGCUACCCUGAGUCCGGGUUUCACCCCCCCAGUGUCUGGCGGGGUCUGGGACUCUGAGUCCCUCCCAGACAGGCUCUCUGCUCUCCUGAGUCUGUCCUGGGGGCUGGCCCGGCUUCCCUUUAGCCUGUUACAUCUGA